AAGAUGUUAGCAACAAUUGCACGUCGUCAGGCAUUGAAAGAUUUAGUUCCACCAAAGAUUGCUACACCAUCAGCAGUUUCUGGUUCAGAAGCUGGCGCUAGAAUGAGCUCCGUUAUUGACUUUUACAGCAAAUUACCAAAAGGUAACGCAACCCAAAAAGCAUCAGGAAUUAAAGGUAAAUACUUUGACGGUCAAAACUCAUCACGUACACCUUUACUCGCAACUAUUGGUGGAUUAUUCUUAAUCGGAUACACACUCGAUUGUGAGUUACACUUAGAGCACCACAAGAACAACCACCACUAGAUUUUAUUGGCUUCUUGUCCUUGACGAUGAAUAGU